UUUCACUUUCUUUCUUUGGCUGCGGGCUCCCUCCGCCGUUUUCACUUCCUGGGGUUGCCUCCUCCUUCUCCUCCGCCGAGCGGGCCGACGUGUUCCCCGCGGGCUCCGCCGCCCGUCCGCCCGCCCGCCCGGGUCUGGGGUCGCCGCUGAGCGUGGGGAAGGGUCCCCGGCAGCCCCCCGCCCUGCCUGGAGGCGACUCGGCCCUCGAGGCGGACAGACAGAGCCCGCCCGGGCUGCGCUUAGAGACCCGGGAAGGGGGGGGGUCUCCGCUGAAGCCCCUCCUCCGAAAAAAAGGAGGGGAGUGGGCUGCCUGCGCCCCCUUUUUUCCCCCCUCUCUCUUCCCCUUCCCCAAUUGGCCUUUGUGCUGCAUCGCCUCGUGUCCCGGGUGCCAAGAGGGCUCCGGGGCUCGCUCGGCCACGCCGGCGGGCGCGGAGCGGGCAGGAAACCCGGGUCGGCGCGUUCCGACGUGCGAGAAGGAAGGAGAAAGAGAGAGAGAAGCGGCUCCCCGGGCCCGCCGGCUCGCUUCCCGGCAUGGCAGGGCCGGCGGGUGGGACAGCUGUCACCGGACAAGGAUCUCUUCUCAGCACAAUAGGAAGCCGUUGCCUCCACCAAGGCAGAACUUGAGGAGGGUGGACAUUUUUUAACCAGCCGAUCUGCGGAACUGAGAGCCAUUUUGAGGCAGGCUUGGGCGAAGGGAGAACCGCUUAAUGACCCCGGGACCAGCCCCUCCGUAAAACCCGCUCGGCUGGCUGGUGACCGUGGAGAAUGUUGCCUCUGGGUUACAAAAGCUUAGCUGAACAUGAGAUGAAAGUGCUGCAUCGUGCCUGGGAAGGACAGCUUUUCAUUCAGCAUCAGCGAGUGUGCCACAUCGUCCUUCGGUCGCCUUUUCAGCCUUCGCUCCCAGCUCAGUUGCCAGCCAAGCUGGAAUUCAAGUAUAUUGUGCGGAUAUCCGAAUUGCGGAAAAAAUUGCCGGAAGCUGCAUUUAAAAAAAACAGUUACUCCAAUGACGAAGUCUGUUGUCAGCAGUUGUCGUUUCGUUUAUAUCAAGUGGAAAUAUUAGACGAGAGUGAACUGAAAGAUCAGCUAAUUGGGAGCAUGAAAGAAAAAAACCUGGCGCUUGUCAGAUAUGUAAAUGACCGUGGAAUCCUCCUCUUCCUCACCUCGUCCACCUUGGCGAGAGGAAAAGAUUCCGAGUCAAACGAUUUGACGUCUCUCCAAGCUUUGUUUUUGUUUCCAUCGCCAGGGCCCAGAUAUUUAACAGCCACAGACUGGAAAUGCGAAGAGGGGAGAACUGAGACCCCCCAGAAACUCGCCCUGGUCCUUCCCCUCUUUCACCAGGCGCUGGCAGAAGUCGCCAAAAAUCCCGAACUGUCCCCUUCUAACGCUUUGGUCAAAUUGCACAUGGAGGAAUUUGCGAAGCUCGAUCGGAGUUCAGUGCCGAGCCACGGAAACGCGGCUGGCCCACCUUUUAUUCCCAAACUUUCAUCCGAGACCCCCAAGGGGGACCCCGUGGACGAGAAGUGCUCCCCCUCCUCGUUUUCCAAGUUGGCAUUUUAUCUGUCGGACCCCAAAAGUUACACGCUGGAGGUCUCCUCCGCCUUGGCGUGUUUGCAGGGCGACUCUCAGCCGUCCGACGGUCGGGCGGAUUUCAAUUUGGACCCUUCACCGUCGGACGGACUGGACAACACUACUGGAACGGGCAAGGUUCUCCUUGCCGGACACGGGCCGAGCCGAGCCGGCACGUCGAAAAGCAGCCCGGCCGGAGAGCGAUCCUUGCCAUGGACCAAACGGAAAUCCAGCCGCAUCCUGGGGGCCAGUUCGAAAAAGAAAUGGUCGCCUCUAAAGAUGUACUGCAUGCUGGAGAACAGCAGGAAAAAGACGAAGGAGAAGGAAAAGAAGAAAAAGAAGAAGAAGGGGAAGAAUUUGCUCAAGGAAGCCAUGACUCCCAGCAUCCCCGUGGCUAAAGAUCCCGGGUCGCCAGCAGAUCUUAAAAAGCCUACCCUGAAAUUAAAAAACAUCCAGAAUCCACUGAGAAGGAAAAGAGGGGCCGAGGUCUUGUCUGCGGAAUUCAUUCAAGGCCCAAGGAGCGCCUCACCCGAGGGAGCCACGGAGGCUUCAGGCGGACCCGCCACGGAGGAAAAGAAGCCCCGGCUGACCGAGGCGGAGAAAGCCAUGAGGAGCGUGGACAAAAUGGACGCAAAACGAGCAACCCCGAGGAAAAAUGUCCACGGCGUGUCUUUGGAAAAGCAUAGGAUCGAGGCCGUCUCCGUAAAAAAUGACGUGGCUGCUGUCGACGCCCUGAGGACUUCCGGAGGGGAAGAGUGCGAUUCACACGCGUUGAACCUGUUGGCCGAUUUAGCACUAAGCUCCUGUAACACUCCCUUGGACGGGAAUGGUCGAAGAGACUUCGGACGUUUCCGUCCGUCCCGGGAAUAUCGUCUACCGCGAGGGAAAUUUUUGCACAAAUCAUCCGAUCACGAAUAUCACAGGGCUACCAAGAAAUGGAAAGGCACUUUCGUGCCCGGACAAUCCUCCCGAUCAUCUUUUUGGCCUGCCAGGGAGACCGGCCGGGACAGGGACUGGCCUUCGAACGUUAAGGACCGAAACACCGUGAAUCCCAGCAAAAAAAAGAAGGCAAGGAUCGACCUCACCAAAUCUUCCCUGACCCUUCCAAACGAGACCGGGGACCUGUCGGAUUCGGGCGUCAUGAUUUCGUUAGAGCACUCGUACGCCUCCCCCAUCUCCGAGACCCUCCCAAAGGGGACGCCGCGUUCUCCCGAUUCGAGGAAUGGGGUGAAGCAGGAUAAACCAGGUCCCUUGGUUGGAAAAGUGCUUCCUUUCCAGCACCAGCAGAAUUCGUGCCAACUGGGCAAACCAGUUAUGAACCAUUUAUCGCCCACUCGUUUUACCCUCAUGGGGGCACGGCUGAGGGAGGACUUUUCCGCCAAUCGCCGAGUGACUUCUGGCGAUAAAACGGUCCAAGUUACUUUCCAGUGGGAGGCGAAAUACCUCUUCAAUGUGGAUAGCAAAUAUACUAAUAAUUCCUUAGAAAAAACCGUCCUGCGGGCAGUCCACGGGCCCUGGGAUGAAAAUUUCUCAGAUAACAUGGAGGACAUGAGGCUGAUCCUGCACAUGUGGAUGGCGCUCUUUUAUAGCAAAAAGUUCCAAGCCCUGACAGUACGAAAAGUGGUCGAACACAGUAACCCUGCGAAGUACGUGUCCCUGAACAGUCUGGUGGACCCUUUGGAGCCCAUGGAUGGUGGUGGUGGUGGAGCCUACGUUUUGGAGAAAGGCCCGGCAGAUUCGGUCUCGGAAGCUCUCCAGAUACCUGCUGAAGGAGGGGAAGAUGGAUCCGUUUCUCCUUCCGGGAAGCUCCUCUCGUGUAACAAAUUGUCCUCCACCGACUCCUUAGAGGAAGAGAGUCCUCUGACUGAACUUGAAGAGACCGAGGACCUGCUUGAGAAGGAGGAACGGUCUCGUCCUCCUCUGAAGCCCGUUGAGGAGGUGGUUGAAGCAGAGCCCAAAAAACGAACCUUGCUUCACCCUGUGCUUCCUAUUGAAUGCCUGCCUGGGGUUGAUGAAGGUGUGAACCCUCCUACGUGUCAAACCAAGGCAGACAGAAGUGAAGAGACUAAGUCAGUUGGCCCUUCCCAAAACGAUGCACUUGUGUUUACGGGUCUUCCGAACGGUUCGAGAAACCAGCAGCCCAUCGCAAGCACCGAAGUUGCCAUUUCCGUAGCAGAUAGGAGAAUUGAUGUUGGGUCUUCUUCGGAAGAGUUGACGAAGGACGACCUCCAGGCUGGUGGUCCCAAGCUAGGAACGUCAGAAGCGAUGGGGUUCAAAGAAGACGUGACAUCUCAGGAAUCCCCUAGUCCGGGAAGCAAAGUGGAAAAUCAGCCUACCCUUCAUACUGAUCAGGAAGAAGGAGGAAGCAUGGACUUGGGAUCCAUUGAUCCCGUGCUGUCCGAAAGGAACGAUGCUAACAUGGAAGUCCAAGAUAUGGAUCUGGUUUCAGAGGACGAGGAAGAUCUCGAGGAGAAUGAUGUGAAAAGAAGGAAAGAAACGGAUGGUAUGUGGGAUGAAACAUCAUCCAGACAAGAUCUUCUCCCAUCUAGGGCAUCACCAGAUACCUUGUCCGGGCAUCGGACAGAAUUCCAGACUGUCUCAGAAGCUGCUGUAGGACCAUCCUCAAAUUCUGUAUCUCCAAACCAAAUGGGAUUGAUUGAGAUAGUCCCUCAGCAGGUGAGCUCCUUACAUCCAAUGACUGUUGAAGAAAAGAUGGCUGGAUCAGCCAAGAAGAUGGAUCCCACAUCUCCAAGGCAAAUAGACAAAGUGGAGGACUCACACGAUGAAGUGAUCUUAGCAGAUUCAGUUUCCAUUCAAGCUUCCGGAGACUUCCCAAAUGAUCUAGCGACAGAUGAUGGACCCUUACAAAAUCAACAGGAAUCGGUGGAAAGUCCUAGGUUUCCAAACCAAAUUGAUCCGGUUGACCUUUCCUCAGUUUCCCAAGAAGACAACGGGAUCCGUUUGUCCUGUCUGCCUUCAGGGCAGGCUAGUCCUGUCCAUCAAUGCGCUUCUGAUGAAGAGCCACCAAGGGUCCAGGAAGACCAUCUGGAAAACCCCCUGUAUCGCAUCUUUCAAAGUUCAGUGGAUCUGAUUGAAGAUAUUUCUCAGGACAGCACAGAAUUGGCCGAUCCAGCUGUGCCUCUUUGCGAACCAAACAGCGACUUGGGCUUGAAUUCGGUACCAAACAGUAUAUCAACUCUGCAGGAAUUGGUGGAAAACCAAGAGAGCUCCAUUGCAUCCACUCAAGGUCUUCCCCUGGCCAAAGAAAUGGAUUUGGUUGAAAAUCCUGAAGGAGAAGACCAUCCAGCUAGUCCUCUCCAGCGGGAAACUCCUGACGAAGCUGCAAAAUUGCGGGAAGAUUCCAGUGCCAAACUGGAUUUGCUUGAGAAUUCUUCCGUUCCCCAAGAAAAGGAUGUCGUUCACCCAACGGACAACGUUUCGGGACAAGUUAAUGACCCUCAGCUUGUAGAGUUUGAUUUUGGCACUCAAGAGGAGCAGACAGUCAGCCGGGGAGAAAAGAUCCUGGUGAAUUCUCAGCCCGCAGAAGAAUCCCUGGAGUUGCACGAUGUAGAAUCUGAGACUUCUUUCAAGAAUGAAACAUGUUUGGGUCAAGAGAACAUCAGAGAUUCUUCUGCAAGAGAAGAAGAAGCCUCUGAGGAUGAGGUUGAAAAAUCAACUGUUAUCAUGGCUGCUGUAGCUGAAGAGGUCCAUGCUUUAAUGAAUGAGCUGGUCGCUAUGGUGUGUGCCACGAUAGCUCAGAGUGAAGAAACGACGGCUCAGAAAAGUUUAGAUUGGAUUAAUCUGGACAUGUUAGAGAGUGUGACACCUCCGGAGAGCGAUGAUGAGGGUUCCUCAACUGUCCAGCAUUCCCAUGCGGACGUGAAAUGCGCUGAUGAAUGUUUAGAACAGACUUCCACCUUUGAUGACCAACAGGAAGACUUGCAAGCCAGGGUACAAGGAGAGUGGUGUUCAUCCCCAAAUGAGAACACGGCAUCUGAUCCAGGAGAUGUUUCUGAAAAAGAAGACCUUCAAGACAAUGAUGCUACCUCAGCUGCCACGGGGAUCUUCUCAAGUUGCGGCACAAGUCAAGAAGAGUUGGUCACCACCAACCCAAAAGGCAGAUGGCUAUGGCUUGAAACCACCGACUACGCUGCAAAGGUGGAUGACUACGGUACGUCCACUUUGGAAAAAGUGGAGCAAACGAAGGUCAAUCCGGAAGAACCCAUUUGUAACAGGGAUGACCGUUCUAGAGGAGAAGAUGUGGAGAACCCAUCCUCUGUCCCAGCAGAAGGUCAGGAGGACUCUUUGGCAGAAGAACCCGAUCCUUUGGUUGACGGAGAUUCCAAACAAGCUCCAGAUGAUCAGGAAGAAGAGGCCCAAGUAGAAGUAAAGGAGUGUCUGGGAAGUCUUGAAGACCCUCUAAUUGAUGAAAGGACACAGUUGACUACCAGUUCUUCGAGCAUGGAUGUAGACUGGGAAGACAAGUCUCUGACGGCGGAGAGCAGUCAAGAUCCCUGCGUAGAUUGGUAUCCCACAAGUAAACGUGAGAGUUUGGAUCAACCAAGCUUCAAGGCCUCCCCAAGCAUUGAGUCCGAGUUGACCUGUAGUUCAGGUCCUGGGAAGGAGACUUGUAAAGAUGGGGAUUGGGUAUCCUCAGAAGCUAGCCAGAAGGCAUCAGAUGCCGGGUCCACGAAACACAACUUUCCUUUCGGUUUAAAAAAAGAGGAUUGGUCAUUAUGGCUGUCUCUUGAUGAGGACCAUAAGCCCGAGCACUUCAAGGAUUAUAUCAAUUUCUCCGUCACCAAGAAGCACAAGGAAAAAACGAGGACUUUCCACUCCUUCUCCAAAGAGCACAGCCCCUUCUCCAGGGAUUUGGGAUUGAUCAACUCCUGGAGCAGGAACUGGGGUUUUCUGAGCAAUCCGAUUCAAAACAUUGUAGACCUGGAAUCCGUGCGAUUCCAUUGCAGGAUCCGAGAGAUCCUGAAGAGAUCACAACAACGUUCUACCUCCCGUGUGCUUCCCACCAAGAAGGUCCCACCUCAAGGGAUAGGAGCAGUGGUGCCGUCGUCGAGAACGAUCUCCGAAGGGACAAUCGCUAGGUUUCCUGUUAGGAGCAGAAGUCCGCUUCUCGUCACCGUUGCGAACUCAAACCCGAGGACCGGUGGCCGACGCGAGGACUUCUACGGCCCGUUUCCUGCCACCCAGGAUCCAUUUGGCCCAGCUGUUGCGCCGAGGAGUCAAAGUGGACUCGGUCCAAAGCGUCCCUUCCCUUCUUUGCACCUCCAGGAACUGACCUACCAUAAGCUAAACAAUUUCUCCCGGGACAUCUCGUCCGUUGUCGAAGAGUUUGCCGAGUUCGGCAGAGCGAUGGCCUUUGACAGCAUGCGGAUGUGCAACCCAGAGAGAGAUCCCACUGCUACCUCAGGAGAGGCGGGGGAGAAACGGUACCUACCUCGGCCUCCCAAGACGCUCGGCUACGAGGAUCUCCUUGCCGCGCUGCGCAACACACUACACUUCCAGCUGACAAACGUAGCCCAGGAAGCGUGCCGAAAGCCUUUCUCAUUCUACGUGAUGGAAACGGAAGACGACCCGUUCUUCGGGAGAGUAAAGAAUUUGCUGAAAAGGGGAGGUCACACCGAAGUGGACCUACUGCACUUGCGCAAACAAAGUGAUGUGGAAACGGGGAACCUGCUGGUUAUCGUUCGAAACGAGGACAUUUUCUUACACAUCCACAAAGUCCCUUCCUUGCUGCGUCUCAAACACUGCCCCAACGUGACUUUCGCCGGGGUGGACAGCCCCGAAGAUGCGCUGGCUCACACCUAUCAGGAGCUGUUCCACAGCGGAGGCUUUGUGGUGUCCGAUGACGACGUGCUGCGGGGGAUGAGCGUGGGGGAGCUGAAAGACGUGAUCAAAACUCUGGAGAAACUCAACAGUCAUGGACGAUGGAAGUGGUUCCUCCACUACCAAGAAUCCAAAAAGCUCAAGGAAGAUGGCAGGGGGGAUCCUGCUGCGUACACCAAGGAGUCAGUCCUGAAAUCCUGCCAGGUGGCUAACCUCGCCGAAGUCCUCCACUACCACGGGUGCGACUCCAGAUCCUGCACGAGAUUCGAGCGCCUCAACUGCCUCUUGAACUUGCAGAUUCAACACCUCACCAGGAGGUUCGCCGUGUUCCUCACAGAAAAUGCCAGCACUUGCCGGGAAGCCUUGGAGGACAAAGGGAUUCUCCGCCUGGACAUCACCGGCUUCAUCGCAGCCGCUCCAGAGAUGGUGGCGCCCUUCAGAAGCAGCUUCUGGUAACCAGGAUCGACGCCUUCGGCCUCUUGGCAACCGGCCAGGGAUCGCGACGCCAAACCGACUUUUCCCUUCGUUCCCGGAGACCCCGGACUCUCAUCCCGCUCACUCCAAUUAAGCAGCCACCAAUGCCGUUCGAGGUCAAGCAGACGGUCCUCACUUCCCCCGGCCGGUUUUAUUUAAGGGCCGGGGCAAGGAUUUGGGUGGGGUGGGGGGAAAGGGGGGGCGUUGUUUUAUUUAACCACAACGUGGAACCUCAGAAGGAAAAUGCGUUUUGUGCUCGUCCGUCUCUCUCUCUCUCUUGCGUAGGAAAGCAAAGGCUGGGAAACCGGGACACUCAAUGGUGCAGCUCAGUUCUCUCAUAGGAAACAUUUAAAAAAUCUGCUUACUUGAAGGGUUAGGGAUCGGUUGACCUCAGCCCAACACUUCAGACACCAGACACGGUUGGCGCACUCCAAAAGUGUGUGUGUGGUGGGGAGGGGGCGGUUUAAAGUGUUGCACAGGCACUGUGUUAGGCAGGGGUGUCCAAUUCCCCAGCCAGUGGACUUCAAUUCCCAGAAUUCCUCACCCAUUGGACUUCCAACUCCCAGAAUUCCCCACCCAUUGGGCUUCAACUCCCAGAAUUCCCCACCCAUUGGACUUCCAACU